UGAAACUUCCAUCACAUGCAAAUAUAACGAGUUUUACAGAGCGCGAGGCAGCGUGUUCAGGGUGAAAUUCAGAUCACAGUGAGGGCAUUAGGGGAUACCGGUGCUCAGGCUCGUGCUGUAGAGUUUAGUAAAGCCUACCUGUGCACCUGUUACUGCAGGUAAAGUGAUGCCCCAGCUGACUGCAGCGCUGCAGGUAGCGCUGUUGCUCUCUGCUGUGCCUGCACAGUAUCUCCUCAGCAGGUGGACCAGUGGUACAGCAGCACAGCGCAGCCUCGCAACACAGGGAAUCCUGGACACAUUGAAAUGGGUGAAGGAGUCGUAUCUGAACAUGGCUGUGUGGGAGGACUGGCUGAACUCUUGGUUCUUAAGUAAAGAGGAGGAGAUGGAUUUUAGACAGGCACUAGAGGAGACGUUCUCACUGGAGCUGAUGAUGCAGAAUAAUGACCAGGGCUACUUUGGAGUCUCAGAGGAGCCACGCAGCCCCAGGCCUGAGUACGUGCUGCACAGAGUUGGAGAGGUUAUAAUGGAGACACAGAAUAACAUGGUGGGGGUGAUAGUGGGCUGGGACACUGGACUACGAGCCCCACCAGAGUGGAUCAAGCGGAAAAAAUACACAGACUCAGAGGUGCAGAAACUAGAGGACACCCCACACUACAGAAUUCUGUUCAGCGGUCCGGACCAGUCCUCUCUUCUGAUUGGAUACAUUCCACAGACUGCAAUACAUCGAUUUGAUGGACUCCAGCCGGACAUCCCCACUCUAGGUAACUAUUUCUAUCACUUUGAUGGGAAAAGGUUUGUGAUGCAGGAGUGGCUGAAGGAACGCUAUCCUGAAGACUGAAGAGUGACUGGAAAAAGAGACUGGACACUUCAGGACUGUACAGAUGCUCUUCUGUAGUCUCUCUGGGAAACAUGUGGACGAUGUUCUCGGCAGUGGACACACAACCACAGCAGUUUUUUUUGAAUGUGCACUUUAGUCACUUUGGGAUGCGUCCUUGUUACUGCCAUGCCUUAAAAGUCUCCUGCUGUAGAGUGGAGGUAAUUUGGGACGCAACUUGUAGAUUUCAUGCUUACAGGGCCUUUACUGCUCCCUGAAUUGGGUCAGCAGAGAUAUUUUAUGUAGUGUUUCUUUAAAUCGCAUACCUUUAAGGAGCAAUGUGUACCUUUUAUUUAAAAUACAUGUAUAUCUUAUUGCAAGGGUACAAAGUCAUUUGUGAGCUGAAAAAUGUCUCUUACACAAUCAGCCAUAGUGUCUGCAGUACAUAUUUAAAAGAUUUAAAACUUAAAAAACUGAAAUAUAGGAACAUAUUAUAUAUUGUACCUUUACGAUGGAACCUUCAUAGAUGAAAAGACAUAGAACAUGGAAAGACAGACUUUUUCUUUCUUUCUGUUAUUUAAUUACCAGUGCUGAUCAUACAGGCACUGGUGAGGGUGAAUAUAAAUCAGGCUAAUGCGGGUCAUGUGAUUUUUGUAUGCUGUACAACAGUAUUAUAUUUUCAGUGGGUUUUAAGAUGCCAAAUUUGUUGUAAAAAUGAAUAGUCAUUAUUAUAAACUUAAGGGUAAAAAAUAAAACCUGACCAGACUAGGACAGCCUCUGAUGAUGUAUCUUCAGGUAUUGAAAGCUCAGUUCAGUGUUCUUAACUCAAAGCACAUGGCAAAAGUAAUGGGAUAGAUUCGCACUAGUAAUUUGGCUUGCCAGUGUGCAUUGCCAAAAGAGGCUGCAUUUCUUAGUCUGGCUAGAAUGUAAUUUUAAAUCAAUGAUCACCAACCAUGCUUCUAAAAAAAAAAAAAAAAAAACCUCCAAGCAGAAUUCACUUUUAGUGGACUGAUGAAAUGGAUAAGAUUUGUUCAACUGGAAGUGAACUUCUGAGGAGGAUACAACAGAUUAUCAGUAGCAGGGACCACUGCUUUAGAAUAUGUAUUGAAUAGCUGAGCUAGAUGGAGCAGAUCUGUUACUAGCUUUUGGUGUAUUAUGUGGGUUCCGCAGUUAAGAUAAAUGAGGUUUAUUUAUAUUAAUGAACAAAGGUAAUCUGAGGCCAGAUUUUUUGGACUGAUGUUGAAUCUACAGCGUCAUUUUUUUAUUGUUUUCAUUAAUAAAACCAUGAAGACAUUGAAAAAAUUAAGUAGCCUGAAACUCAGAUCCUGUUUCAGCCUGAUGAAAAUGUUUUGAAAAUGAAAAGAAGUUGACCAUGCUUGCUGCUUGAGUUUAAGAAUAAAGCAAUCAUUUUGACCAAG